AUGAAUAGUACUAAUCCAUAUAGAACACUUGGUGAUGCAAAUGUUAAUUAUGAAGAGGAGGAGGCACGAGAGUGGAGACAACCAUUUUCCAGAGUAAGUAGAAGAGAUAGGCCUGAUGAAGACCCUCAGUAUAGGGAUGAAUCCGUUGAACAAGCUACAGCUAAAACAGUUCCUGAUGAAGUAUGGCUGAUUCCACCUAAUCUUCGCCCUCUUGAAAUUCUUGGUGAGAAAGAUUGUAAUAAAGCACGUAUAGAAUCCACUACAAAUACCCAUAUGAAAUAUAAUAAUUUAGAACAAGCUCUUAAACAAUGGAACAAUCUGGCAGAGAAUAUACUUACAGAACAACAAAAAGAAAAAAGUAAAAGAAGAGUUAAAGGUUGGGCAAGACCAGAAAAAGCACUUACUGAUAAACAGUUACGCAAGUUGCAACGUAAAGAGGCACGUGAAAAAGAAGAACAGGAUUAUCGAGGAGUUUGUGAAGACAAACCUUUCUACGGAGUUUUCCUUUUUCCUAACGCUCAAAUACCAAUUCCAAUGAUUAUUGGUGAAAAAACAGAAAUAUUGGAUCCAAUUCGUGUUGAGACCAAAUGUUAUAUAUGGAAUGAUCGCAAUGUAAGAUAA